CGCAUUUUCAGUUGCCAGUGAAACGCGUAACCCGAAACACGCAUACGCCAUGUUAGCCCGCGGCUUUACAGUUGCCCAGUUGCUCAUCUGGACGCUGUUCGUUGUAUCAAAUGUCGAGGGUCGCACCGAAGAGGAUGCGGAUUGGGAGACGACCUCAGAAAUCUAUUUGGAGACAACAACAGAACAACAGCAAGAGGACAGCAAAAGAUCCGUGUUGGUAAACAUUGAAAGUCUACACGAUAAUUGUAAAAUUGAUCGACUAAAUAUUGGUGGAAUAUGUCGCUGUCGACACUUUAAAUACGAUCUCCCCGGAGAGACGGCAUUCUUUGAGUUGCAGCAACAGAGUGGCAAGAACUAUGAAUCGGAUGAAAAGGAACAUAUCGAAUCGUUGAUUAUGGAGAACUCGACAUUUGUGAACUUUCCACUACAUUUAUUCUACGAAUUGCCAAAACUGAGUGAACUGGACAUGCGUCAAUGUGGCGUGCGUCACGUUACCUGGGAAUGUUUUGUUUCGGCGAAUAAAUUGCGAAUUCUGCUGCUCUCUGACAAUGAGAUUGUUGAGUUGGGCGACAGCGUUUUCAACUAUGCCACAGAGCUGGAAUAUUUGUUUCUCAACAACAAUCAACUGGAAGUUUUCCAUCCGGAUGCCUUCAAGGGAUUGCGACAAUUGCGUCACCUCGAUCUGAGUGCAAAUCGAUUGGAUUCGCUGCCCGAUUUACUUUUCGAGGAGCUAGUUUCACUGCAGGAAUUGCAUCUGGCGGAGAAUCAAUUGCGAUAUAUCAGCGAUGAUCUAUUGGAGCAUAAUACUCGACUUCGUACAAUCAUUUUGCAUACGAAUCAUUUGCGUAGUUUGGAAGAAUUUGCCUUCAGUUCAGCUACGAAUUUGCUGCACUUGGAUGUGUCCAAUAAUCAAGAGUUGAAGGUGCUGCUGUUGAGCAUUAAUACUGGCUAUUUGAUGGCUAGGAAUUGUUCUUUGAAUCGCGUGAAUAUAUUUGGUGCUGUGACCAAUGUGGAUCUGGAAAACAAUCAGCUGCAGGAAUUGUAUUUCAGCAUUUCGGAGGCACUGCAGCAUUUGGUGUUGCGCAACAAUUCGUUGCAGCAGCUUGCCGCAUUGUCGCAUGUGCCACGUUUGCGUCAUUUGAAUGUCGCCGAUAAUCCGCAGUUGGGAGUUCUGCCAGCUGAUUGGCAAACGCCGCAAUUGGAGCGUUUGGAUUUGAGUAAUACGGGUUUGCUGGAGGUGCCACUGGCCGCAUUGCGUGGCAUGCCACAGUUGCGUAAUCUCAAUGUGUCGGCGAAUAAGAUUAGUGAUAUCGAUCCACAGCACUUUGAGCAACUCAAUCUUCUCACACACUUUUAUAUACAUGCCAAUUACUGGAAUUGUUUCAAUCUCCGAUUGGUCAUGGAUCUGCUCAUUAAGCCACGUGGCAUUUCCUACACCGUCGAUACCUACGAUCCCGAAUAUCCCGGUGAAUACUUUGACGGUAUUGCCUGCAUGUAUCGUCUGUCCGAAUCGGAGCAACCGACUCCUCAACUAGAGCCAGAGUUCACGUCCACACAGCGUAGCGCGGAGCUUGUUGAGGAAAGCGAAGUGGAGAAACUGAGACGGGAAUUUAAGGCGGUGGUGCAGCAUUUUGAGGAACGCAUCGAUAUGGUUAACCUGCAACUUCAGACUUUGAAUGACAAAAUGCAAUCCCUGGAGCGUUUAAAUAGCUCAAUGUGGAACCAGAUCUCGAUUACGGUUUGAGUUGUCAACUAAUUAAAUAAUUACUCUGUAUUUUUUCUUUUAUUUUCUGUGUUCAAAAGUAAGUUAACAACAUCCGGCCUAUUUAUAAAUAUUCAUUUAAAGUUGUAUCAAUCAAUAAAGAAAAUAUAUCAAAGA